CAUUAUACGCAUGCGCAACAAUUUUGUUCAAAUUUAUGAAGCUAAAAUAAUGCUCGAAUUUUUCGCCAACACAAGUUGUUAAAACAAAGUAAAUAUGGCAUUUCCCAUARAAAUUUGGGAACAAAUAUUUUCAUAUAUUGAUCCAGUAAAUUUAACUAGAAUAAAAAUUGUGUGCAAUUUUUGGAGAGAAAUUAUUAAUAAAAUUUUCAAUGAAAGUGAUGUGUGGUAUACAAAAUGUAAGGAAGAAAUACCAAAAAAUCAAUGGAAAUUGCUGUUUGAAACAUUAUAUCCUAAUAAAUUAUAUGUUGAUUUGAUAAAUAAAAGAAAAAAAGGAAAAAUAUGGAUGAAUAUGUAUAAAUGGUGGUUUAAAUGCAAACAAUUAAUAACUUGUAAUAUUUUUAUUGAUACUUUGUAUCCAUUAUCAAAAAAUCAUUAUCUAGAAUUUAUUACCUGUAUUGCAGUAUUAGGAAAUAUUUUAGCUAUAGGAACAUCAAAAGGAUAUAUUUAUUUUUUYAAUACUGAUGAUUUAAGUAAAAAACCAAUAUAUGUAGCAAAUCAUAUGGAAUUUGUAAUUAAUGUUAAAUUUUUGAAUAAUAAUAAAAAAAUUGUUCUUGCAUCUUCUUGUACAAAUGAUCAUAUCAAAUUCUGGGAUUUUCAAUCUAAGAAUCUUAUUAUAAAGGAUCGUGGAAAAUUACUAUGUACUAGUCAAAGUUACUGCUACUCUAUUGCAAAGAAUAUUUUAAGUGUCCAAGGAUGUAUACCUAAAACUUUAUAUGAACUUCCCGUUAAUAACAUUGUUGCUGGUACUGCAGAUUGUAAUAAGGUUUGCUUUUAUACAGAAGAAGGUAAUUUUUUCUAUGGACUAUUGGCAGGAGAUAAAGAAUUAUUUAUCACAAAAUUUAUACAACCACCAAAUAUAUCUAUUCAAAAUUAUUAUAUGUUUACUGAUAUAGCAGUAUGCAUUACAGAAUAUGGAUCCAUAGGAUUUUCUAUAUCUGGUAAAAAAUGGAUAUUUUUCAAUGCACUUUCCAUAUGUCAUGGAAGACCCACUGCUGUUCUUAUUUAUGGAAGUCUUCUUAUAUUAGGUAUAGGGACAGGUCGUGUUUAUAUAUAUUAUGUAAAUAAUUGGAACAAGCUAAAUUUGCAAUCUAGUGUAGCAAGAGUAAUAAUAGUAGAUAAAGAACCAAUUGUAUCGUUAAAUAUAAGCACACAUUUCACAGAUUGUUUAAUUGUAGCAAGCAAAAGGAAAGUUCACUUUAUUCAUUUUAUGUAAUUUGUUAAAAUUACUAUUAUAAAACAACUUUUGGAUAUCAACAACUAACAAAUAUAUAUAUAUAUAUAUAUAUAUAUACAAUAUAUGAAACCAGAAAGUUUUUACGUUUUUGUUAUAAAAUCUCAAAUAUAGAAAUAUUUAAUCAAUAACAUCAUUUUCAUUUGCUAACUAAAUUUAAAUUAAAAUUAAAAACCCAUGUGCUGUAACUAUGGUAAUUAAAAGGUUCAAAAUACCAAAACUUUUCGGUAUCUCUAAUAUAUUUAA